CUUGGAGCUUACGUCCAAUUUAUAGAAAACGAGGUUAGUUUCACUGUUUAGCAAGCAAAAUGGGCAACAAGAACAGUUGUUGCGCGUACUCCAGCCCCCAGACUGGCCGCAAAGAAACCUCAGCGGAAGGCGCGAGUCGUGCUCUGGAAGAUCAUCUUCCUGAGGGAGAAAUCAGUGUCAAUAAUCUUCAGCAUAUCAGCGAACGUGAACCUGAAGACUGGGAUUCUGAUCCUUCUCUUCAUCCAUGUGCUGGUACUAUUUUUAUGGAACGUUCCAAACAAGCUAUUGAAAAUGGUAUGGUAAGAAAGAAAAGUCAACAUCAAAUAGCAGAUACAAGGCCAUUAAAAAAGAGCAGUAGUUGCAGUACAAUAUACUUGGAUGAUAGUACUGUAUCCCAGCCAAACCUUAAAAAUACUGUUAAAUGUGUUGCUCUAGCAGUUUACUAUCACAUCAAGAAUAGAACAUCCCAACGUCAAAUUGAUAUAUUUGAUGAGAAGCUCCAUCCACUAACGAGAGAUGGUGUUUCUGAGGACUAUGACAAACACAAUCCAGAGCAUAAGCAGAUAUAUAAGUUCGUGAGGACACUUUUCAAUGCAGCUCAAUUAACAGCAGAGUGUGCCAUCAUCACUCUAGUGUAUCUUGAGAGGCUGUUAACCUAUGCAGAGAUUGAUAUCACACCCGCCAAUUGGAAAAGGAUUGUUCUUGGUGCUAUUCUCCUAGCAUCCAAGGUGUGGGAUGAUCAAGCCGUCUGGAACGUUGAUUAUUGUCAAAUCCUCAAAGACAUUACAGUUGAAGACAUGAAUGAAUUAGAGAGGCAAUUUCUGGAGAUGCUGCAGUUCAAUAUAAAUGUCCCGUCGAGCGUGUACGCAAAGUAUUACUUCGACUUGCGCACUCUGGCGGAGGCGAACGAGUUGACAUUCCCCAGUGAGCCAUUAAGCAAAGAAAAGGCACAGAAGCUUGAGGCAAUGUCCCGGGUCUACGAAGACAAGGUGACAGCAGAGGCGUUACGUAAUGGUCUUAAGAAAUGGUCCAGCCUCGACAACGUCUGCAUAGGUGGACCAAGGCGAAGUAUCGCCAUCCUCUCGUAGGCCGUUGUAAGUCUCGCUCGCUUCUAUAUUCCAAUAUAUUCCGAUCCCUCCCAGUUUAUCGCGGAGUUCACAGGUUCUACGGCGACACUUUUAUUUUUACAACCAGGAAUACCCUCCAUUGACCUACGUCACGGUACAAAGUGUAUCGACCUAAGCUCCUCAAAGAAAAUCAACCUUUUACACGCAUUUUCUAUUGUAACAGUAAAGGAAAAAAUAUUGCUACUAUUAUUGCUAAAAUAUUACUACUACUAAACUAUUAUUACCACUACUAUAACAACUACUACCCAUACUAUUGCCACGUCACUACUGCUAUUAUUGACAGCUAGUAAUUAUUUGUACCAUUGCGAUAGGACGGUUAAUAAUAAAAUAAACGCGAGGACGCUGAACAAAUGGAUAGUCUCUCAAAAUAGUCGAAAGUAAUAUAGAUUAGGCGAAGAUAAUAUACGAGAAGUAAACUUGUCGUCGUAGCUAAAGGUAUAAGAGUGACCAAUGUGUACGCGUACGCCGAGAAACAACUUUCGUAAUAUAACGUUUUUACAUAAUAAAAAUUAGUCAAGGCGAAGGAUAUUUUAAGCGUUAGUCGUGUACGAGCGAGGAAAAGCCAAACUUUUAUGGACGAAAAAUAUAUGCAGAGAAAUGUCAUCGCCGACUUUAUAAGACAUUUUAUUAAUUGCAAAGCAUUUAUCGUCAUCGAAUAUAUAAUUGAAUACUCCGACUGGUCUAUAUAAAAUAAGGGGAAAAGGGAUUAAAAUAAGGAUAAAUGCAGACCAUUACCUCGUUUAAUGCGAGAAUAAAACUCUGUUUCUUCCGAUAGAUAAUUUCAUAAUUACUAUUACUGCAUAACUAUUUUUCUAAGUAGCAAGAUUCGCUCGCUGUAAAGACAAUCUAGGCACAGUAUCUCGUUGCGUCCUGUAAAUAAAGCUAUGCUGAAUACAAGAAAAGCUAUUAGUAUGACCUUACGUCCGAAUCAUGUAUGAGAUCUAGAAAUAAGAGCAAAGGUUUACUUAUACGUGUACUUUAUUUCGCGGAUAGAGGCGAGAGAUCUUAGUAAAUAACCCUAGAACUUGAUUUAUAUUUAUAAUUCAUGGUUAUUUUUAA